GAACCUUCGAGGCUCAGCUUCUCUUCAUCUCUAAGACAUUCGGCGAGCCACAUCCUUCGUUCACACGUCGUCUCCACACUUCAACUCACGUUUGCAGAGUCGGCAAUUGAGCUUUGCCCUGACAAUAGAGCCUACUUGGGCCCUAAGCUCAAGGGCCCAGUUCGUAUCCCGAUUCAGGGCCGUCGUUGCCGUCGUUACCGUCUUUUGGCAUUUGUCUGCCGCCUAAACCGCUUCGUAGCACUCGACGCUCUAUUUCACACUCCCGCCUGCCACGCCGUUUCGGCUGCUGCAGGCCUCCGCUCGCCUGCUUCGGAUUCUCGGCAUUUUUUUCUCAGACAGCCUCACAAAAGUCUACACUCGUGUGCCCUUUUGCCUCUGGCUAGUGUGCGCUCUGUCCCCUUUCACACAGUCCCAGCGGGACGCUUCAAUGUGACUGGCUCCCUGCAGCCCGUCACCUACGCCCAGUUACAGCAACACGUUUCUCGUCACGACUCCGCUCCCGUCGACACGAGUCUCGCAACCGGCAGACCGACUUCGGCUGCUGCCGUCUCGACGGACCAGUCUGCCAACAUGUCGGCCCACCCGGUCUCGAGCUCAGGCACCGACAACGGACUCGCCGGACCCAUCUCUCCGCCGUCCGGCAUGGCCGGCGGUGGCACGGCAGGCCAGUCGGCCUAUCAGCAGCCGGCGCCGCAGCCACAGCAACAGCAGCCUCCGCCUCCGCCCCCCUCGGGCUCGGUGCAGCCACGCCAACAGGCGUCGCGUGGCGGCAGUCGGGGCAACUCCGCGCCCACAGGAAUCGCCAACUCGCGUCAGGUGUUCGCCAUGCCCGAGUGUGCCAUGUGCAACCUGACCGUGUACAUGGACAGGGCGCUCGUCUGUCGCCACGUUAAGCCGAGGUUCACCGCAAACGAGAUCACCGAGGUCACAGCUCUCAUCUGCCAAACGAUUGCAUGCUUUGAACAUCGAGUUAUGGAGAUUUGGUUUUCUGGUGUGGUUAAAUUGCUUCUCCGAGUCACUUCCAGUUGCUUUCAGGUCAGCGGUACCCGAUGGGUUUUGACUCUGGUCUUCUUUAAAUUUGUGUCUGUUCGUAUACUCUGUUCUAGUGAGCGUCUGUUUGAACCCGCCUGCAGAGAUGUGUCCUCACUGAAAGGACAUUUCAUGCUUACUCUUUUCUUCCUAUCAUAUGCAAAGUUGUAUGUCUUGUCGUCAAGACCGUCCUUCAUCACCGUUUGGUAUACAUCUCUUUUUCAGCCAUGUUGGUAG